GGUGACUCGGAGGGGGAAAAGUAGGGAAGAGAAAAUUAUGAGCCACCCCACUAUUGUGGAUUUGUGGCGUUGUGGGUGCUCUAAGAUUCCUCAUUUUCUUAUUUUAAGCAAUUGAUUCCAAAGGAAAACAACUCUAAAGAACCGGCCUAGAUUUCGUUGUUUGAAAAGGAGAAGAAUAUAAAUCAAAUUUUAUUCUGGGUUUCUCGUUGCUUAGGCGCUGUAUUUUGCUCAGUUUUGUAGAGAGAAAAGCAAGAAGUCGUGAUGAAGAUCACGGCAAUUGUGGUUCUGAAAUGCGGGUCAAGUGAAGAAAAUCCGAUAAUCUUAGCAAAUGCAUCGGAUGUGAGUACUUUCGGGUUCUUUCAGAGAUCCAGCGUUCGUGAAUUCAUCGUCUUCGUCUCUCGUACUGUUGCCAAACGCACCCGUCCUGGCCAACGUCAAUCUGUUCAACAUGAAGAAUACAAGGUGCAUGCUUACAAUAGAGGGGGCCUUUGUGCACUGGGUUUUAUGGAUGACCCCUACCCAGUCCGGAGUGCAUUUUCGCUGCUAACCCAGGUGUUAGAUGAAUACCAAAAGGCAUUUGGUGACUCAUGGAAAGGUGUAAAUUCUGAUAGCACACAACCAUGGCCUUAUUUGAAUGAGGCUUUGGCCAAGUACCAGGACCCAGCUGAAGCUGACAAGCUACUGAAGAUUCAAAGGGAGCUGGAUGAAACUAAGAUUAUUCUUCAUAAGACAAUUGAUAGUGUCCUAGAGCGUGGUGAAAGGCUGGAUAGCUUGGUAGAAAAGAGUUCUGAUCUUAGUGCUGCAUCACAGAUGUUCUACAAGCAAGCAAAAAAGACCAACUCUUGCUGUACAAUAUUAUGAGUUUUUGUAGAGACUAAUGCUACCUUGACAGAUCAACAUACAAAUGUGGAGACGAUGAAGAAUGGGGACUUUCAUCUGUUCAUACAAAUCACCUAUUACAUUAUGUGGAAUGGAAUUCGUGAAAUUUAUUUUUAAGUUGUAAUUUUAAUGUGUGAUCCACUACAUAUGUGUAUAUCUCUUUAUAAGAUUUGUUCGGCAUAAUAGUCUGGUCUGGUCUGAUUUAAUCUGAUCUCAAAGCUUUAAUUA